GACGAUGACCUGACCAGUGGACUGUUGAUCGAACAAACUGCGCACUGCGUGCUCCGAAUGCGGCGUCCAAUGUUACGGAAAUUCGGAUUCCGUUUGGCCUUGGCUGCUCAUCGAUACAAUCGAGCCCGACAGGUAACUCUCUCUCUGAUCUGA